AAUUGUGAUUGUAACAUGUCACAUACAACCGAUAUAAGAAAUUGUGAAUCGUCUGGUGGUGAACCCAAGGCUGCACCGAAUGAGAAAGCCCAAUCUUCUGAUGAAAUGGACCAGGCAGGUAUCAUUGAGUCAGCCGGGGAAGUGGUUGUUGACAGUUUUGAUGGUAUGAAUUUGAAGGAGGAGCUGUUAAGAGGCGUCUAUAAUUAUGGGUUUGAAAAGCCUUCUGCUAUCCAGCAACGCGCUAUUGUGCAAUGUUUAAAGGGACGUGAUGUUAUUGCUCAAGCCCACUCUGGUACGGGCAAAACUGCAACUUUUUCAAUUUCUGUGCUGCAGCUGAUUGAUGUGUCUAAACAAGAAUGUCAAGCCCUCAUCCUUGCUCCAACCAGAGAAUUAGCUCAGCAGACACAAAAGGUGGUUAUUGCUUUGGGCGACUUCCUGGGUGCCCAGUGCCAUGCGUGUGUUGGUGGCACCAGUGUUCGCGUGGAUAUGAGGAAACUUGAGUCAGGAGUUCACGUUGUUGUUGGAACUCCUGGUCGCGUGCUUGACAUGAUUAGAAGAGGAGCCCUGAAGACAGACAGCAUAAAGUUAUUCGUUUUGGAUGAAGCUGAUGAAAUGUUGUCCCGAGGUUUCAGUAAUCAGAUCUGCGAUAUCUUCAAAUCGCUGAAUGCUGACGUUCAGGCCAUCUUGUUGUCUGCUACUUUGCCUUCAGAUGUACUAGAAGUCACUUCUUGCUUCAUGAGGAACCCUAUCCACAUUUUGGUCAAGAAGGAAGAGCUAACUCUAGAAGGUAUCAAGCAGUUCUAUAUAUAUGUUGAGAAAGAAGAUUGGAAGUUGGAAACGUUGUGUGAUUUGUAUGAGACUUUGAGUAUCACCCAGUGCGUGAUCUUCUGUAGCACUCGUCGUAAAGUUGAUUGGCUGACUGAGCACAUGAACAGCCGUGAUUUCACCGUGUCAGCUAUUCAUGGAGACAUGGAGCAGAGUGAGAGAGAUCUGAUCAUGAGACAGUUUCGAACGGGGUCCAGCCGAGUGUUGAUCACUACCGAUCUUCUGGCUCGCGGUAUUGACGUGCAACAAGUGUCCUUGGUUAUCAACUACGAUUUGCCAUCAAACCGUGAAAAUUAUAUUCAUAGAAUUGGCCGUGGUGGACGUUUUGGCAGGAAAGGUGUUGCUAUAAAUUUUAUUACUGAAGAAGAUAAAAGGACUCUGAAUGACAUUGAACAGUUCUACAACACCCACAUUGACGAGAUGCCGAUGAAUGUAGCGGACUUAAUCUAA